AUGGCCACCACCGUCGUAUCCGCCCCCGGUAAGGUCCUUCUCGCAGGAGGCUACCUAGUCCUCGACCCUGCAUACUCGGGCGUCGUCGUCUCGACCAGCGCACGUUUCUAUACCGCCGUCAGAUGCGAGGCCGCCACCGUCGCUCGAGCACAGGCCAAUCGCCCGAUUCAGAUCCGCGUGCGAUCGCCCCAGUUCGUGGACGCGACUUGGGUCUACUCCGUUCACUUUGACCACAACGCCGUCCGCAUCGAGCACGACAACGCGUCGACUCCGUCGACGAACAACAAGUUUGUGCGCCUUGCUCUUGAACGCACGCUUGUGCUCGCGCUCGAGGCCCGCGGUGCGGGUGCUUUGCAGAAUGCUCUUUCCUACGGCCUCGACAUCACAAUUGUCGGCGAUAAUGAUUUCUACUCUCAAAGAGCACAGCUAACGUCCAGGAACCUCCCUUCCACCCUUGCAUCUCUCGCCCAGCUACCUCCGUUCAGCUCCACCGGCGUGCGCCUCCCGGAGGUGCACAAAACCGGUCUUGGCUCCUCCGCGGCGCUCAUCACCUCGCUUGUCUCCAGCCUGCUCAUCCAUCUCGGCGUCAUCCCGCGGGAUUCCUUUGACACUGCCGUCGAGUCCGCAACUGACGGGCGCCGACUCGUGCACAACCUUGCGCAGUAUGUGCACUGCCUCGCACAGGGGAAGAUUGGCAGUGGUUUCGACGUGUCCGCCGCGGUGUUCGGCAGCCAGCUCUACACCCGCUUCGACCCCGUGGUGCUCCAGCCGCUCAUGGGCGAUGAUGCCUCAUCACAGCCCCUCCUGCCUGUGAUGUUGCCGUCAAACAAGGCAUGGAACUACCGCAUAGAGCCGUUCAAACUCCCGCCUCUCACGAGGCUCAUGUUGGCUGAUGUAGACGCGGGGAGCGAUACGCCCUCGCUGGUGGGCAAGGUUCUGGAAUGGCGCAGGGAGAAUAGCACAGAAGCGAAGUCGCUCUGGGAUUCGCUCAACAUUUUGAACUGUGCGCUGAGCCAGACCCUGCUCAAGUUGUCCGGGAUGCAGGCGCGUGAUGCGAAGGCGUACGCGAAAGCGGUCAAAUACCUCUCAACUCUGCAGACAAUGCAGUGGCUCGCUUUCAAUCCCACUGUCUCCGACGCCAAUCAAAAGAUCAUGGAUGUGUUCGCGGAGGCGCACCAGCUAACGGAGGACAUCCGCGCAAAAAUGCGAGAGAUGGGCGAGCUGUCAGGCGUGCCGAUAGAGCCGAAAGAGCAGACGGAGCUGCUCGAUGCAUGCGUUUCAGGUGCAGGCGUCAUCGGCGGUGGAGUGCCAGGAGCGGGCGGAUAUGAUGCGAUCUGGCUACUCGUUCUCGACCCGACCAAUUGCCCACCCCAGGAGCUACCCUCCAGCAGGGUCGAGGGCGUAUGGGCAAACUACAAGUCGCUCGACGUGUCCCCGCUCUCGGCAUCCGAGAGUGCCGCGAAAGGUUUGCGGCUUGAGGAUGCAGCACAGGUCUCGGGGCUAAGUGCACUUAUUGACGCUCCGUGGUGA